UGCAUUAAUUUGUAAGUACAGGGCCUGUAAUGUGUUAUUGGAUGCGACCCAAUCCAGAGACAUAACCUGCUUGUUAUAGGCUGUUGCUAUUUAUACACAUACGUGCGCAUCAUAUGUGUUCGGUGUGAAUUAUUAUAUAUAUCCUUUUUUGUUUUUGUUUUUUUGCGCUCGGUGGAGGCUUUUCCAAGGGCAUCAGUGAGCGACACGGUGCGGCAGCGAUGUGCACGUCUGACGGCCACACGGAGCAAGUGGGAGGGAACCUGUUUGUGUUCCUGUAGUCAUUGAGUUUUCAGAGUUAUCGUCCAUAUCCAGGGUUCAAGCACUCCUCUGCUCUAGCUCCUCACUUGGUUCCUGGCUUUUUUAGGAUGCGACGUCAUGACUUGAUCGCUCCUCCUGACAGAUGUUGCUGUGUUGCAGUUGCACGGUCGUAGAUUCUCCGUUUCUUCCCGCAGCUCCGGGGAUGAUUGUGUAAAAAAAAAAAAAAAAACGGUUGUUUUUAUGUGGCUUUAAGUCCUUCGCUGUGUGCUCGGGCCAGAUCGCAACAUUUCAUUUAGUCUUUCGGGAUUGCAUAAAAUGAUACCUGGAUCUGCCGCAUCAAUGCUACCAUCUGCAGAAGCUGCGAAAUUGUACCAGACCAAUUACGUCCGCAACUCCCGUGUCAUCGGACUUUUAUGGGCCAUCUUCACUAUCCUGUUCGGUAUUGUUAACGUGACCAUUUUCUCACAGCCCUAUUGGAUUGGGGAUGGCGUGGAUACGCCGCAGGCCGGCUACUUCGGCCUUUUUCACUAUUGCGUCGGAGACGGACUCUCCAGAGAGCUGGCCUGCCAGGGUAGCUUCACUGAGUUCUCCGCUAUCCCCUCCGGUGCGUUCAAGGCCGCCUCCUUCUUCAUUGGAAUGUCCAUGAUGCUGGUUGUCACCUGCAUCGGCUGCUUCAGUCUCUUCUUCCUCCUCAGCACCUCCACCGUGUACAAGAUCUGUGGCUGGAUGCAAGCAGCAUCAGGUGUCUGUCUGGUGCUCGGUUGCAUGAUCUACCCUGAUGGUUGGGACAGUGACGAGGUCCGGCGGAUGUGCGGAGAACAGACAGACAAAUACAGCCUGGGCGCCUGCUCAGUGCGUUGGGCCUACAUCUUGGCUAUUAUGGGCAUCCUGGACGCUCUCAUCCUCUCCUUCCUGGCCUUCGUCCUGGGGAACCGGCAGGAUGGACUCAUGACAGAAGAGCUGUUGGCUGAGAGCAAGGAGGGAGGGAACGCCUAACCAAAUCUUUUGGUUCCUGAAUUUCCAUGUGUCUGUUGUCAUAAAGUACCAGUCCUUCAACAUCAGCUUAAAGGAGGGAGGCAAUCCAGGUCUCUGAAGGAGAGAAAUACUGUGGAAGCAGCCAGCCUGCCUGUCACAUCUACCUGCCAAAAACCCAGUGUAACCUACCCUUGAAUUUCAACCAUCUUGCUUGCAGUCCCUGAAUCAUCAUCCCCAGCACUUAGAUGGAGCCCGGUGCACUUUUAUCCCAGUGUGUCUACAGAGCUAACCCUUGCACAACAUCACAUAGACCAUGACAGGGGCAGAGACUGUUAUCCUAUUGAGAAGUAUAUGGACUACCCACUACCUACCUGAGAAGGCACAGGGUUGACAUUGUACACCUGCAGUACGAGCACAGACACAAACACACACGCAUACAUGCUCAAACACAACACAUGCACAUUCAGUACAUUCAAACAAAAAAAAAUCUGUAAUUACAAGUAUUAAACUAUGUUAACACUUAGCCGUGUGUACCACCGUCAGAAUGUGUGUGUCACGUUUUAUUUGUGAAAAGAAGAAACUGCUCAUUUUCAGAUAAUAUCGGGUUGAUGUAAAUCUAUUGUGUUUCAUAUGUAAGGUUUGACAAUGAAAUGAAAGUUUUAGUUUCUUCUUUGGUUUGCUCAUAAUCCCCUUUGUUCCUCUUCAUUUACUAGAAAAAAAUAUAUUUAAGACUGUUUUAUAAGAAUAUUAUCAUCCAAAAGAGAAAAAAACUUGUAUUACAAAGUAUGUACAGUGAAUAUUAAAGAUGUUCUAGGAAUUUUACCUAAACCCAUUCAAUUCCCUGCUAGCUAACUUUGCACAGCGCUUCAGAUUGAGAAGAAAUCUAAUAUUUUAUAGUCUGUGGUAUCUACACUGUGAUGGGGGCUAUUAGGACUGUGUGCUGCAGGACUCGUAGCUGCUGUGUGACUGUGUAUGUGUGUGUUUAGGGGAGUUUGUGGAUGUGUGUGUGGGAGUAUGAGUGCAUGUACAGUGUGAGUGUGUUGUGUUUGUUGGGCUCGUGAAACAAUAUGCCAGCCUCACACACAAUUGUCAUGUUGUGUUGCUAACUUUGUCCAUCUCUGUCUUUGUCUCCAGCUCUCUCUCUUUGUGUUUCUGACUCUCUUUCUCGCUUUGUUUUGUUGGGACAUACAGGGUAACAUGAUGGAGUUGAAGGUAUUGUGUACAGUGACUGGCGUGCCUCAGGAGUGAACUCUAGUGGUAAUGGAUUAGUAAGGCCUGUCCCAACCUCACCUGUGGAUAUAUUCCUGUGUAAAUAGAUAUUCGAUAGAUACCAAACAAUUAGCAGAUAUGGAGAAGGAGGUUAACUUAGCAAUUUUAAGAAUAUAUGGACACUUAAUAAAGGUUUUCACUGUAAAA